AGGCACCGGCGGCGCAUCCACACCAGCCUGGCUGCUCCGCGGCGCUGAUUUCAUUCGCUCCUCUCCCACCGGACCGGAGGCUGCCGGUCGCUGCUCGCCGAGGACGGAGGGUCCCAGGCGGAGAGAGAGCAGACAUGUCCCGGCGCAAGCAAGCCCAGCCGCAGCAGCUCCGGGGCGGCCAGGAGGAGCGACGAGGCGGCCUCCUGCUGCUCCUCCGCCGGGAUCAGCACGGCUCGGAACAAGGCGGGGAGCGAGAGGGAUGUACCACCGGGACUGGAAGUCCCCCCCGUGGCGAGGACAUGCACGUUUGUGACAAAUGCUGCGCAGAGUUCUUCACUUGGACCGAACUGCGGGAGCACCAGACGUCCUGCGUCGAGGAUCGCGCCGUUUUGAUUAUACGGGACAGCGAAGGGAUGUACUUUGACGGGGAACCUCUCUCUCCCGUCCCCAGCGUAGUGUCCAGUUACUCGUCUGCGGGGGAUGCGGGCCUAGAGCUGGGAGAGACAGUCGGGACCGAUAAUGACAGUCUGGAUAAUGCAGAGGAAGGGCUGGAUGAAGCCAUGGAGCUUGGACAUGACCCACGGGACAAACACGCAAUCACCUCCAACCCUCCGCGGGCAGAAUCCACCGUACCCACCCUGGUUUCAGCCACUUACAGCAUACCCAGCACCAACGUGACUCUGGAGAUCCUUCAGAGCACCAGGGUGGCCGUCGCCCAGUUCUCCCAGGCGGUCGGCAGUAGCGUCGCUGGAGGGAAGGCCGCUUCAGCUGCCAUCCCCGUCAUUCUGGAGCACCUGCUCGCUUUGCAGCAGCAGCAAGUCCACCAGCUGCAGCUUAUAGAGCAGAUCUGUAGCCAAGUCGCAACUAUGAACAGGCAGCCAAGCCAGGGGGCGUUAAACCCAGUCUCCAGACCCCUGUCCAUCGCAGCUAACCCCUUCCCUUCAUCGAACCCCAUCUUGCCACUGUCGGGAAGUACGCCCUCUAAUGUCAAUGACCAGGCUGCUGUUUUAGUGUCUGAAAAGUCACAAAGUCUCCCCUCAGAAACUAUAUGCAAGCAGUCGGUCUUUAGAGAUGCUGUGUGUUCUUCUGUUUCUUUUGAAAAUUCAACUCCAUCGCGCUCCACUUGCAGCAACAUCUCUGCACUGAUGUCUCCUUACACUGGCUUGCAUGCAAGCAACAUUAGCAGCUCUCAGACCCUGAGCUCCCCUAGUCCUCUCACCCUGGGCCCCCCCACUAGCCUCUCCUUCUUGCCUCAGAGCCCCCCCAGCAGCGUCAUCUUCCCAAAUCCCUUGGCCAGCAUCGCGGCCACGGCCAGUGCGUUUGACCCCCUUGCAGCCCUGAUGAAGCACAGGAAGGGGAAAUCACAGAAUGUGUCUUUGUUCGAAAGCAAGCCCGCCCCAGAGGAGCCUUUUUUCAAGCAUAAAUGUCGUUUUUGUGCCAAAGUGUUUGGCAGCGACAGCGCCCUGCAGAUCCACCUGCGCUCCCACACCGGAGAACGGCCCUUCAAAUGCAACAUCUGCGGCAAUCGCUUCUCCACCAAGGGCAACUUAAAGGUGCACUUCCAGCGGCAUAAAGAGAAGUAUCCUCAAGUUCAGAUGAACCCUUACCCCGUACCAGAGUAUCUGGACAAUGUGCCAACCACCUCUGGGAUUCCCUACGGAAUGUCUGUUCCCGCGGAAAAACCUGUCUCUUCGUGGUUGGAUAGCAAACCUGUCAUUGCAACCCUGCCUGCCUCUAUGGGUCUUCCACUCUCCUCCACAAGAACCAGCAUGGGGGGCUUCAGUGAGCCUUCAAGUGUAGCGCCAUCUGUUCCGUCCCUCUGCCAGCCAGCUUCUGCUGAGUGUGUGUCGCCAUGCUGGAGAGGCUGUGAAGCUCGUUCGUCUCCACUUUUAGAGAAUCGGCUGUCACAACAUGAACUAGAAGGGUGUAAUAUUCUCAAAACAGAGGUGUUGCACCCGCCUCAAAGCUGCCCCCAGAUUCUAAGAGGCACUCCAGCAACCAGCAGCGCGGAACCAUCCAUGGCCUCCACUCCUGAACCUGUAGCAUCAGCGUCCCCUGCCUCCAGCUCCCCCUCGCCCCUACCAGUAAAUCCAAAAGAGGUCUCACUCUCCCCCGGUGACCCUCUGGACUCUAUGCAAACCUCAGAAACCUCAAAGCUCCAGCAGCUUGUGGAGAACAUUGACAAAAAGAUCACAGACCCCAACCAGUGCGGCCUGUGCCACCGUGUUCUCAGUUGCCAGAGCGCUCUGAAAAUGCACUACCGCAUUCACACGGGCGAGAGGCCCUACAAGUGCAAAGUGUGCGGCAGGGCCUUCACCACCAGGGGAAACCUGAAAACCCACGUCGCUGUUCACCGAGAGAACCCGCCCGUCCAGGUGCAGCACUCGUGUCCCAUCUGCCAGAAGAAGUUCACCAACGCCAUAGUCCUCCAGCAGCACAUACGCAUGCACAUGGUCGGGAAGACUCCAGAGUCGGCGCUGCUGGACAGGCUGCAGGAGUUUGACGGAGAUAUGAAUGAGAUGAGCUUUGAUAGUCCGAGCAGUAAUGACCAUGACCUCACUGAUGAUGUUUCCAUGGAGGAUGAUGAUGCAGAGAAAGUAAACGAUGUAGAAAAUGGGGCAGUGUUCAAUUCCCCUAUAUCCUCCCCUCCUGCUGAAAACCAAACAAGGCUGAUUGACUCCACAAUGAACCUCAGCACUUGCUUUGGCCGUAAAUCCUUUACAAACGUCUACAACGACUACGGUCAGCUGCAAAUUAAAUGCUCUGUGACGGAGAAAGAGAUGGAGAACCUGGGCGAACACAGCCCUGCAACUCCGCCUCUAUCGCCAGUACGACUGGCUGAAAACCACGGGGUAGACUCUCAAAAACAUUUUUUUGCCUCUGUAAAGAAAGAACAACUGCAAUCUCCUGCUUCUGUACUCUUGGAAAUAAGAGAGACGCAACCCACCAAAAUGUGCGCAAAAGAAGAGAGGGCUCACUGUGCAUCCAUCCAACCAAGACAAAUAGGGCUGCCCGGCCUGACCGACGCAUCGUCCAGGUCGAUAAAAAUGGAGGUGAACAGUCACACCGAGGGCCAGCACCCAUCAUUUGGUGUGCACAUUUCAACAACCUAUCCGUCGGUCACCAGCCCAGUAAUAUCCUCCCUGCUUGGUCCGGCGCCCCCUCGCCGCACACCCAAGCAGCACAACUGCAACGUGUGCGGGAAGAACUUCUCUUCGGCCAGCGCCCUCCAGAUCCACGAGCGCACGCACACCGGAGAGAAACCAUUUGUCUGCUCUGUCUGCGGCAGAGCCUUUACCACCAAAGGCAAUCUGAAGGUUCAUAUGGGAACGCACAUGUGGAACAACACACCAGCCAGACGGGGCAGGCGGCUAUCCGUGGACAACCCCAUCGCACUCCUGGGCGGUGACGCCGUGAAGUUCGGGGAAAUAUUCCAGAAGGACCUGGCUGCCAGAGCGAUGAACGUAGACACGGGGUUUUGGAGCCGCUACGCCAGCGCCAUAACCAACAGCCUGGCCAUGAAAAACAAUGAGAUCUCGGUGAUUCAGAACCGAGGGAUCUCGCCGCUUCACCCGAUGACCGCAGUCGCGGACAGAAUGAAUGCUGCAGCCACUCCAAGUCUGUCCAAAAACGGCAUGGAACUGGGAAACAGCAGGCAUUUUUCUAUGCUGAUUGACGACAGUAAAGAAAUUGGAAUCAACUGAUGCAAUCUAUUAUGGACAUUAAAAUAUUUGUCAAACAUCUUGUUUCCUCUUAUAUAUAUGUAUUCAUACACACACAGUUUUAUUAAUCGAGAGACACUGGAGUAGGGGAUUCACAUUUUGCUGUCUUACUUUGCGUUGUAUUGAUCCGUUGUGGUAAAGAAGGAGCUGAGCCAGAAGGCAAAUAUCUCAAUUUACCGGUCAAUCUACGUUCCCAUCCUCACCUAUGGUCAUGAGCUUUGGGUUAUGACCGAAAGGACAAGAUCACGGCUACAAGAGAGAAGGCGAGAAGCUCUGUCAUCCGGUAGGAGCUCAAAGUAAAGCCACUGCUCCUCCACAUCGAGAGGAACCAGAAGAGGGGGUUCGGGCAUCUUCUCAGGAUGCCAUCCGGACGCCUGCCAAGGGAGGUGUUUAGGGCACGUAUGACCGGUAGGAGACCAAAGGGAAGACCCAGGACACAUUGGGAAGACUAUGUCUCCCAGCUGGCAUGGGGAAGGCCUCAGGAUCCCCCUGGAGGAGCUGGACUAAGUGGCUGCGGAGAGGGAAGUCUGGGAUUCCCUGCUUAGGCUGCUGCCCCAGAGACCCGACCUCGGAUAAGAAGAAGAAGAUGGAUGGACUUUGCAUUGUUUAGGUUGAACAAUUACCUGAGAAUCCACUCAGCGCUGAGAGCAACGACUGCUCGGAACAAGGGAACAUACUGAUUGUUCGAAUCAAUAAUGCAAAAAGUCAGCGCUCCCUCCUCUGGACAGCUGCCCAUUGCUGCUCGCUGGUUCGAAGCUCAUCAUAUGCUGCUCUGUCUGGAAAACGGUCUUCCUCAACCUACAUUGGGGCAGACAAAACCAGUCAGAAUGCUCAGCGUAGUACCUCUAAGAUCUUUCCGGACCGUGUAUUCAUAAGUUACCUGCAAAUUUGACUGUUGAUGCCAGUUUUAAUGUUUUUUGACAUUAAACGUUCUGCUGCAAUCAGUACUCAA